GUUAGGUUUCCCGUGCCUUCAACUCCGACCCCACGUUUUUUUUAACUCCAAUUCCCAGCGCCGCCGCCGCCAUUCCCCGUCUCGCUCCGCCGCUGGAGCCACCACGCUCCUCCUCGACCGGCUCUUCGCCGCACAAUUCCUCCCUCGCCCCUCUCUGUGUCGACCUGGACCGAAGCCACCGCCGGUCACCGGAUCUGCUCCCUGCCGCUGGCGCUGGCCCAUAGAGGAUCUCGUCCUCGUCCGGCCAGCAGGCGGCGAUGACAGCGAGGGCCCUGGGCCUCGCCGGCCGAGCACUCCUGCGGCCGCUCGCCUCACCAGGCGCCCCGCGCCUGCUGUCAACUGACAAGGGUCCAUUGCAGGGCCUCACGAACGCCGGUGAUCCGAUGAGCCGCCUCAUCAUGCAAGCACGGAACCAGACUGAUGGCGGUUUCCCUCGUCACUUUGCUGAGAAUGGAUUCACAGCUGGUGGUGGCAGGAUGGGUGGAAACGGAUUGACAGCCGGUGAUGGCAGGAUGGGUGGAAACGGAUUUACAGCCGGUGAUGGCAGGGUGGGUGGAAACGGAUUCACAGCCGGUGAUGGCAGGAUGGGUGGAAACGGAUUCACAGCCGGUGGUGGCAGGAUGGGUGUAACCGGAUUCACAGCCGGUGGUGGUAGGUCGGGCCGGUUUAACAUGGAAAUGCUGCGGACAGCAGGGGCUCCGCGAGUAAAGAGGGACGUUCUCCACGUCACGCUCAAGGGGAAGAAGACCUUUGUGACUGUGACGGACGUCAAGGGGAACAGGAAGGCUGGGGCUUCCGCUGGCUGUUUGGAGGAUCGAAAGGGGCGGUCUCGACUUGCUCGGUAUGCUGGUGAAGCAACAGGGGAACACAUGGGGCGAGUUGCCAACAAGAUUGGCCUCAAAUCGGUCGUUGUGAAGGUGAAAGGAUACUCCUUUUUCAGGAAGAAGAAGAAGGUGAUCAUGGGCUUUGCGGAUGGUUUCCGGGGCGAAAGAGUGAGGACCCCGUCUCCUAUCAUGUAUGUCCACGACGUGACCCAGCUCGCUCAUAAUGGAUGCCGGCUGCCCAAAAAGGUCGCCUCUGACAACCUCAAACAAUCACUGAGCAGAAUUUGCAUGAGAUCUUCCUCGAACUCAAAUUUGAGAACCCAACAGUUAUCGGAUGAGUUGGCGCUGGUCAAGGCCGAGCUGGAAAAAUCGAGAAAAGAGGUCGAGCUUGCGAAAAAAGGCCAUGCCGAGGGCAGUGAGCUACAAGAAGCUUAUGCGAAGUUAGCCGAGGAGAAGAAGCAACAAGCGCUCGACAUAGAACAACUCAAGUCUCAACUGGUUGCAUCCCAUCAUGAGACUAAGCAGGCUAUCAAGUUGUUGGCUGCUUUUGGCUUUUCCCACAUAGGAUACUUGACCAGGUUAAGCCUAGAAGUAACGAUCACAAAGGUGCUCCCGUUACACCCUUGGCUGAACGCGAGGGAACGUAAGGGGUAG